CUCUCUCUCUCUCUCUCUCUCUCUCUCUCUCUGAAGUGGAUACACGUGUACGCACGCACAUGGAUCUAGCCACCCGUACACACAGGGGCGUCUCAGGGGUAGCUGCGGCCUUGCUGGUGGUAGUGGUGGUGGUGGUGGUGGAGGCGCGGGGCCACAACACCACCAGGGCACGUCCAGGGUGGCAGCCGCGCCUGGUGGGGUCAACUCCUCUGAAGCACGCGGCGUUCAUUGAGGCUUACUUCUCCGAGGAUGCAGAGCUGGAUUACCUGGAUCGUUGGAGCAUCUACAUCUCCACCUUUGAUCCGCUGGGGGGGUGUGAGUGUACUAAGUGGUUGGGUAGUGGGGACGAGGUGUACCGCGUGAGGUCCCCCGGGCGCCACAUGGACAACCCCUCGGCGUGGACUGUGGAGGAGAUGGACAACACUGCCUUCUGGCCCAACAACCCAGACUACUUGCCUAGCUCCGUGGCAGGCGCUGAGGGCGUGGUAUGGACCUCUGGCUUCCUCGUGCCCGGGAAAGGUGACGGGCAGCUGCAGAUGUACCAGACAGGGAGGGACCCGAUGCCGCCAGCUGUGGACAUCGCCUCCUUAUCUACUAACACGUGGUCGUAUCAUCGAGUGGUAUGGAAGGACAUGGAUCUGGAUGGCGACCUGGAUGCGCUCACUGCUCGCUUCCACCAGCCCCUCCUUGGCUCGACCAAGAAAGAGUUAGUGUGGCUUGAGAACGAGGGGCAGGGCUUCGUGGAGGGGUGGCUGCAGCACGUGGUGGCGGCUGACGGGCCUGACGUGUCCUUCGCGCCAGUCAAGCUGUCAGCCGGAGGAAGGGACUUUGACUGCCUCGUGAUUGCUGAGUUCUUCAAUGAGCGCACCUCCAUCUACUGGACAGAGAGUGAAGAGGGAAGCUGGGCGGAUCCCAACCUGGUAAGGUCACGUGUCAUCAAUGAACACGCAGGCCAGGUGUUUGAUGUUCUAGUGGAUGACUUCAAUAGGGACGGGACGCUGGAGUUUCUCGCCACGGAAUACAGGAAGGAUCUGGGAGUGGGCCAAGCUACCAUAUACCUGUUCCCAGAGGAUUUCAGAACCGAUGACUUCACGCACUUCAAGAUCGCAGACAGCUUUCGGCCCAACCAGAUCAUAGGCGCUCAGACCAUGUCCCCCGGCUCACCCAAGACCUUCUACCCUACGGCGGAGUUUGCGGCGGGCCUAGCAGAGGACGGACUGCCCCACAAACCGUACAUCCUCCUCUCUGGCGAUGAUGACGGGAGAAUGUACGUUUUGUUCCCCAAUUCUGACGCUCGAGAUGACUGGGUGUAUCAGAAGCACAUCCUUAUAGACACGGAGGAGACCACAAUCGGCAAGAUGGCGCAUGGUGACUUUGAUGGUGACGGCUUUGAGGACGUGGUGGUGGCAGGGUACUCCAUAGGUCAGCUCUACCUCUUCACCUACAACCCAUAGCACCCACAAAGCCCCUAACCUAACCUAACGCCUAACCUGACCCAACCAAGGCUAACUAACCUAGUCUAGCUUACUCCCCUUACUGUCCCUAGAACCAUACCCGUUGCAUCUUUGCAUGCUCAAGAACCUCUAAUUUAGCUCUUGUAUUCCUGAGAACCGGUACGACCUCUAGAACUUGAGAAACGAAUAAAUAAAUGCAUGUUUUUUU